AUGAAGAGACAAGAAAAGCUCACAAAUUUCUUCUCCACGGAACCGGGAACUGUGGCCGAGGGAGACCUACAGACGUCCUCGACUCAACAAGACGGAGCGGAAUCUCCGCCUAUAAUUGAAACCUUGGACGAGUGCGAUUCGAAUGCGUCUCCGGCCGUGAAGAAGCCGCGGUUGGCAUUCGAUCCCAUGGAUAUUGGCCGCUUCGUUCGGAAGAGUUCCUCUCUACAUGCUCCUUUGACGGAGGAGGAGCGGUUCAAAGCGCUGACAGAUUGCUGGAAACCCGAUGAGCACUAUCAGUUCCCGAAAGUUCUGGAGUCGACUCGCACUCGUGCUUUCCAGCAUCAUUAUCUCGUGAAAUGGCCGUGGUUAGCCUAUAGCGAAAUGCAUGGCGGAGGGGCUUUCUGCAAAUACUGCGUCCUGUUUGCGAGAGAAACGUCGGAUCAGAGAGGGCCCAACUUCCUCGGUGUUCUGGUCGCGAAACCUCUCAACAAGUAUAAGAAGGCCUUGGAUAUUCUGAAGAACCAUGAGCGUUGCCAAUAUCAUUGCGAGGCUAAAGGAAAAGCUGAGAAAUUCCUCGAUUGGUACAACGAUAAGGUCGGCCACGACCUCAGGAACCGAUUGUUAGCCGCACGAGAAGAGCAGGUGAAGAAGAAUCGACAAGGAUUGGUACCUAUAAUCAGAACGAUUCUUCUCUGCGGGAAGCAAAAUAUACCAUUUCGAGGUCACAGAGAUGAUGGGUCUCUUAGCGCCGUCGACGGAAAUAAUAAUGACGGCAACUUCAGAGCUCUGUUGCGGUAUCGACUCGAUGCCGGGGAUCGGCUUCUGGAAGAACACCUCAACAGCGCCAAGAAGAACGCGACAUACGUUAGUCAUACGUUCCGAAACGAGAUCAUCUCAACGAUUGGGAAGAUCAUACGACGGAGAAUUGUCGCCGAGGUCAAGGUCGCCAAGUUCUUGCCGUGCUAG